UUGAAAAGAGGAACACAGACUAUUCGAAGCUUUAGACUUAUACUGCCAAGCUGAUGUUCUGCGUUAGCCAUGUUUAAGCUUAAGCUUACAUUCGGAGCUCUGUUGGCAGCGUUGCUUUGCCCUUUAGCUGCUCAAGACACAUGUCGUGCAGGGACACCUGGACUGCCGGGUAUUCCCGGAAUUCCUGGACGUGAUGGAAGAGAUGGUGAGAAAGGGGAGAAAGGCGAGACAGGGCAGACAUUGGAGCUGGUGAAUAAAGUGAUCAAAGGGCAAAAGGGGGAAACUGGCAUUAGAGGUUCUCCGGGAAAGAGGGGUGCCCCUGGCAAUCAUGGACCACCAGGACCACAGGGUCCACCCGGGGACAUAGGAGAUCAAAGUGACUCCAAACCACAAUCUGCAUUCUGUGUUUCUCGGGAAACCACAGCAAAUCCACCCCAUGACACACCAAUCAUCUUCCAAAAUGCCAUCACCAAUGUCAACGGGCACUUUAAUAUUAGUGAGGGUAAAUUUGUAUGUCACAUCCCUGGUACCUACUAUUUUGUGUACCAUGCAACAUCUUAUCAAAAGACACUUUGUGUUAAGUUCAUGGUGGAUGGAACGAUGAGGGCUAGCUUCUGCGACCAUAUUCAAGAUGACCUUAACGUGAGUUCAGGGGGAUUUGCUGUGUACCUGAAGCACAACAGUAAAGUCUGGUUGGAGGCUAAUGAUAGGGUAAAUGGCAUAUAUGCAUCUGGAAAUACUGGCAACAGUGUCUUCUCUGGUUUCCUGCUUUAUGCACACUGAAAGAGAUCUAGUGUUUCAUGAAACACACCAGAUAAUAAGAUUUUCAUUUACAGUCAAUAUAUGUACAAUCAAGAACACAAAAUGUAUUUCUGAUUUCUGUACCACUAAUAAAAUGCUACUUUGACACAA